AUGUCAUGGAUGGGCUCGGAGGGCCCGGCGGGGAGGGGGGCGCCAGUGUUCAGGGUCGUUUUUUGGCGGCUAGGCGGGAUUGGCCGGAGCCGCGGCGAUCGCGCUCGCUUCGCCGACCGCCAUUUCACAUUCUGCAAAGAAGGCGGGGGCAGCCGCGGAAUCGGCCUUUUACAAGGUAAGAAAACCCGCCCGCGGGAGUGGGGCGGGGUGGGGGGGAGGAGGCGAGGCGCAGAUCUCGUGCCGCCGCGGCCUCGCGGGAGGCGGGGGCGGCGGACGCAGCCGGCCCUUCUCAGGGCAGCUGGGGGUUCAGCUCCUUGCACCUUCACUCUGGGACCCAGGCUGCCUGGAGAAGCCCCAUAUGGAGCACAGCCAAUCUCUGUGGGAGAGAGAGGAGACAGAGCAGUGAACGCCUGCACUGGCUUCCUCCUGAAAGCCACACAAGGCCCUUCCCCUCACACGGCACAGGAGAGAGCAGCUUACGUGGAUGCACCCGACUUCAACAGAUUGCAGCAUUUGAUCACCGCCAGCAUGAGAGCCCCACCUCCCCAUCACACCGUUGAACGCGUGAGCAGGCAUAUUUCUGGGCCAGGCAUCACCUGGAAGGUGGCAAAGGCCAGACAGGUACCUGUAGCCCAGCUGCUGCUCAGCGAUGAGGCUGGCGGCCAAGCCGAGUGCCAGCUUUUCAAAAACAGCCCUUUUGAUAACGCUGAUUACAUUUCCCUCACCAGAGCCUUGGGCUGA